UUAAAAAGGUUCGCGUGCGCUCAGCUGAGGCAGCCCGACACGCCUCGUCUUCAUCCGGAUAUAAAUAAUACCGGCCGCUUUGCGUCCAUUUUAAACAACAAAACAAAUUAAUUAGCAAUAAAUCAAUCAGGCUGUGUGUUUAAUUGGUUCGAGCUGCGUAUUGGAAUUCCGCGCACACAGAAAAGCGAAUGCGUUUAGCCGAGAGGGGGGACAGAUAAAGAGGUGACGCUCGGGCUCGCGCUUGACGUCAUGGUUUCCGCUCAGCACGCGAGCUGCAAGUCUGAGGGAACGUUCUCGAAACAGAGGGUCGCGGGAUGAGCUUUAACACGGAGAGCCGAGGCUUCAAGACAAAGACGAGAGAGUGUACUUUCCUCCAGAGGAUCUGCAAAUGGUUGCUCAUGUGCCUGAUUUUAAUUCAUAUCUUGCAAUGUACAAAAGGUCCACUGAGGAACCUGAAGAGUUCUGGAAAGAGGUUGCUCAGGAGUUUUACUGGAAGGAACCCCCCACAGGCCAAAUGCUGCAGUACAACUUUGAUAUGACCAAGGGCCCGGUUUACAUCAAGUUCAUGGAGGGGGCCAAAACCAAUAUGUGCUACAAUGUGCUAGACUGCAACCUCCGGGACCGGAACCUGGGCGAGAAAGUUGCGUACUACUGGGAGGGGAACUCGCCUGACCAUCACCUUACCAUCACAUACAGCCAGCUUCUAAAGCAGGUGUGCAGAUGUGCCAAUGCUCUUAAGCAGCUGGGUGUGAAGAAAGGAGACAGAGUGGCCAUUUACUUGCCGAUGAUUCCCGAGCUUGUGUUCACCAUGCUGGCUUGUGCUCGAAUAGGAGCAGUGCAUUCGAUUGUGUUUGCAGGGUUUUCUUCUGAGUCACUGGCAGAGCGGAUCGUGGAUGCUCAGUGCAACAUCCUGGUGACGGCAGAUGGUGUUUACAGGGGAGAGAAGCUGAUCAACCUGAAGCAGAUUUCUGACCAUGCCUUGGAGCACUGCCGAGAAAAAAGCUCCUUUACAGUCCAGAAAUGUCUUGUAGUGAAGCAUCCUGCCUUCAGGACAUCCAACACCUGCAAUAUGCUACAGACACCGUGGAAUGCAGAGUGUGAUGUGUGGUGGGAUGAUGUGGUGAACAGUGCAUCAGAGGAGUGUGAGCCUGAGUGGCUGGAUGCCGAAGACCCGCUCUUCAUCCUCUACACCAGUGGGUCCACGGGCAAACCCAAGGGAAUACUGCACACUAUUGCCGGCUACCUGCUGUACACCUCUCUUACAUUCAAAUACGUCUUUGAUCAUCACCAUGACGAUGUGUAUUGGUGCACAGCAGACAUUGGUUGGAUCACAGGCCACUCCUAUAUCACGUACGGUCCAUUAGCCAAUGGGGCAACCAGUGUGCUGUUUGAAGGCAUUCCAGUCUACCCUCACGUGGGUAGGAUUUGGGAGAUCGUAGAGAAGCAUAGAGUGUCUAAGUUUUACACGGCGCCCACUGCCAUCAGGCUGCUUAUGAAGUUCGGGAACGAGCCACUGCAAAAAUAUGAUCUGUCCAGUUUGCGUGUUCUGGGGACUGUGGGAGAGCCUAUCAAUCCGGAGGCCUGGCUCUGGUACCAUGAGGUUGUGGGUCAGGGUAGAUGCCCGGUAAUCGACACCUUCUGGCAGACUGAAACGGGAGGUCACGUUCUGACUCCCUUGCCUGCAGCAACACCACUAAAGCCAGGAUCUGCAACAUUACCAUUUUUCGGUGUGCAGCCUGCAAUCCUGAAUGAGCACGGAGAGGAGCUGGAGGGAGAGGCUGAGGGCUACCUGGUUUUCCAAAAACCCUGGCCAGGCAUCAUGCGGGGCAUCUAUCAAAAUGAAGAACGAUUCCAUAACGUUUACUUCAAAAAGUUCCCAGGAUUUUAUGUGACAGGAGAUGGAUGCAGGAGGGACAAAGAUGGCUACUACUGGAUCACUGGCAGAAUAGAUGACAUGCUCAAUGUCUCAGGUCACUUGCUGAGCACAGCCGAGGUGGAGGCGGCGUUAUCGGAACACCCGGCUGUGGCUGAAGCGGCCGUGGUCAGCUGUCCUCACACUGUGAAGGGCGAGUGUCUCUACUGCUUCGUCAUAAUUAAAGACAGCCACGAAUUCAACCACAAACUCAAGGAGGAGCUCAAGAGCAAAGUGAGAGAGAAGAUUGGCCCAAUAGCCACCCCAGAUUUCAUCCAGAAUGCCCCAGGCCUCCCCAAAACUCGCUCAGGGAAGAUCAUGCGGCGUGUCCUGAGGCAGAUCGCCCGCAAUGAGAAGGACCUGGGUGACCUUUCCACUCUGGCUGACCCCAAAGUUGUGGAAGUGCUCUUCAGUCAGAGGUGUGAAGCAGCAGCAUGAGAGCAUCAAGCCACUUCUCCUGCCUUUCCAACUGGUUCUGGGACAGUUUUAAUAACUUAAAAACAAACAAACAAACAAACAAAAAAACUCUCACUGGCCUGUAGUGGGUUAGCUGAUCCUAAAUUAGAAGCAGAGCGAUAUUUCUUUCACCUUAUCUGUGAUGGAUUUUAGGUUUUUCUUCAAGCCUUGAUCUAAAAAUUAGCACACAAGCAGGCACAAAGAUGAUUUGGAUCAAAUCGCAGAAGUUUCUGAGAUAACCGUAUGCGUGUUUCCUUUAUGUCAAGAAAGUAGCCAAACGGAGAGGUCAUGUCCGUAGAUAUCCUUGUCGUCCCAUUGGCUCCAGAGUCUGACCCUACCCCACGUGUUUUGGGUUGCCUAUUAAAGAACAGCUUAAACGACCAAUGUUUAUGUUGCUAUGUCCCCAUUUUGUAAUGUAAUAAUGAACAGUCUGAUCACUAGAGACACUAACUUCAAUCAGGUACGUACUUUCCAUGAUUGACAAACAUUUUAGUCAUUUGGACAAGUCAUGUGACCAACAGAGAAAAAUUCCUAGGUGGUGUUUUUUUUUUUUUCCCCUCGCAGUGACUUUAUAUUGCUGACUGUGUUUACAUCCUUGAUAAAACUGUAGCAGGUCUUAAACUAUAAGCGCAUUAUACAAAGCCUGACCUCUGCUGGUACUGUUCUCGGAUUAGCUAGUAUCCGACAGAAAAGUGUGUUUUUGUUGGAUAAAUGAGCCAAAUUAGGCAUUUUGAUCAUCGUAUAAGCAGUGAAGGGCGGCACUGUUGUGUCGUGGUUAGCACUGUUGCCUCACAGCAAGAAGGUUCUGGGUUCAAGCCUAGCGGCCGAUGGGGGCCUUUCUGUAUGGAGUUUGCAUGUUCUCCCCGUGUCUAUGUGUGUUUCCUCUGAGUGUUCCAGUUUCCCCCGCAGUCCAAAGACAUGCGGUUAGGUUAACUGGCUACUCUAAAUUGUCCAUAGGUGAGAAUGGUUGAGAGGAGAAAACCUCUAUAAUAAUCUAGUAGAAGGCAAUGGGAAACCACUACUGUAAUGUUCCCUAGAAACUGCCAUCAGGCAGAACAUUAUACGUAUAUACAGAGAGAGAUACACAGUGAACCUAGAUUAUGGAACAAGACUGAAGUCCAGCAUCAACUCAAUAUUUUGGGGUUUAUUUCCAGACUAUAAAAAGGUAAGCAGAAGCCUGAAACAAAGGAACUAGCCAUUUCAGUAUUGCAAUAUGGCUGUAUUGGAAAUUGCACUUAGAAAAUUACAAAUUAGUAUGACUUUAAAACAUUUUAAACCACAGUGUUAAACCCCUUCUCUUCUCUUACACCUGCAGUUGCCCCCCCCCCCCCAAUCUCUGGUACAUAUCCAGUUACAAUAUGAUAUCCAGUAAAUAUAAAAGAAAGAAAAUCCUUCCAUCCAUUAUCUUUAUUGCUUAUCCAACAGGGUCAUGGGGAAAGCUGGAACCAAUCCCAUCUGACUUUGGGCAAGAGGCGGGGUACACCGUGGGCAGGUUGCCAGCCAACCGACCACAAGGCUUACACAGAGAUGAACAACCAUUCACAUCUAUGGGCAAUUUAGAGACUGCAUCUCAUAAGGAGAACAUGCAAACUCUAUACAGAAAGGCCCCAGUCAGCCAUGAGAUUCAAACCCAGGACCUUCAUGGUGUGAAACAACCGUGUUAACCACGACACCACCAUGCCAGCCAAGAAAGAAAAUGAAAUGUUAAAAAAUUUGACAAAAUUACUAAAUAAAUCCUAUGUAAGUGUGAUUUAUCUACAAGGGCACUCGGUAGAGCGUAUACCUCCACCAAACCACAUAUCAACAUCAAAAUCAAAUCACUUGAACCUAGGAUAAUACUAAAGCUGUCCACCAAAUUUCAUCCAAAUCCAUUCACUACUUUUUGAGUUACGUUGGGAACAAACAACAACAACAAAAAAAAAAUCCUGGAUCCACAUCAAAAUCUAAUCAAUUGUUUUUGGCCCAUGGCUCGCCUUUCCUCAAAAUUUCAUCAAAAUCUGUUCACUACUUUUUGAGUUACGUUGGGAACGAACAAAGAAACAAACAAACGGAGGCGAAAACAACCUCCUCCAACAAACUUGGCGGAGGUAAUAAUUUAUUGCUUAUGAUUAGGCGGUACGGUGGUGCAGUGAUGAGUCCAAAGACAUGUAGAUGAGGUCAGCUUUCUACUCUAAAUUGCCCAAAGGUGUGAAUGUUAGUAUGAAUAGAGAACUGUCUGUCUGUCUGUCUGUCUGUGUUAGACCCGCAAUAGAUUCUUGUCCAUUGGCAGCUGGGAAUUGCUUCAAGCUCACCCCCGAUCUGCAGUGGAUAAGCAGAAUAGAAAUUGAGUGAAUGUUUAUAAUUAAGCCUCUUAUUAAGAUAAGUUAAUAAGCUUAAUUAACUGUAACCUGAUGAUUUAAUGCCGUAAUGAAAGCUGACGUGCAGAAGCGGUGAAUAGUUGCUGUAUAGAUUAUAUUUCUUACGUUACUAUUCAUUUUUGAGCCAAAAUAUUGUCUAUCAGUUCCUUCUUGAAUUGGGUACAAGGUCCUAUUAUUCAUAUUUAAGGUACUUAAUGGACCGUCACUGACAUUACGAAUGAUCUUCAUCGAUAUAACAUUUCUACACACUUCAAAUCUUCUGUUGACCUUCCUUACUGUUCUUGAAUCUUGAUUAAAAGAUUACUCUGACUGCUCCUAAGACUCUGAAACAGCAGAUCCACUGAUGUAAGGCAUGCCUCUUUUGAUGUGGGAAUGCAUUCUGGUUAAAUUCAUUUUGUUCAUUAAUUGUUUUGUAAUUUAAUGCUGUAAUGCACAUUGGCUUAAUGUUGGUUGCUUUUAAAGUCAUUUAUGAAUAAAUAUAUUUGUCCUAUG